UAUACCACUGUCUUUUUUUUUUUAUAUAUUUAGUGGUUGCGUAUCUUUUAUUUAUUUUUUUCUUUCUUUAGCCACAUUUGUUUCUUGUUUGUUAAUCUUUUUUUAUUAUUAUUAUUGGCAACUCACAAGCUAUUAAAGUAUAUCAAACGAAAGGAGGAAAUGAUUUCACUUGGUACUGACGACACAAUGAGUUCAAAUGAUACAAUUAUAAACUACUCAGAAUUUAGUGAUCAUCCGAUACCCCACAUUUUGCAGGACACAAGCUGGGAUUGUGGAUUGGCGUGUGUGGUAAUGACACUGCGAGGGCUAGGAUUCAGCGUGAAUUUGGAAGAUAUGGCUCGACAGUGUCCGGUGAACAGCGUAUGGACAAUUGAUUUAGCAUUUUUACUUCGUAAUUAUGUGCAAGAUUUCACGUAUUAUACAAGUUAUUUAGGAAGCCGUAAAGAAUACCAGGAUCAAAAGUUUUAUCAAGAUAAUUUUGAUGAAGAUGAAAAGAGAGUGAAUAAAUUAUUUGCUAUUGCCAAGAGCUGUUCCGUGCAUGUCGUACGAAUGAUGUUGCCUUUGGAUGACUUUAAGCGGUUCUUGUACUGUAAGAAGUUUGCCAUCAUCACAUUGGUGAAUGCUCGUCUACUAAGAUGUCAGUUAUGCAGAAAGACAAGAGGCUGUUUAGGCUCCAUGUGUGGUCAUAUCGACAUGAUUUACGAAAAGUUCAAAGGCAACGAUUACUUGGGCCAUUUUAUCGUCUUGAUUGGUUAUGAUCCUACCGAAGACUUGUUCAUCUAUCGUGAUCCAGCAGCAAACGAUGAAUUCUGUACAAUAUCAGCUGAGGAUUUAGACGCUGCAAGGCAAUCCGAGGGAACAGAUAACGAUUGCCUUGUCGUCAAAUUAUCUUGAUACCAACCUUAAAAAAAACUCUGUCCCUUCCUCCUUCUUGUAUAACAACGGAAGUUGACACAGCUUUCACUGAGUUUGUUUGAUUGGCUCAUAUCGGAAAGCCUAAAUUUUUCUGUUUAACAAUAAAAAGUUGGAAGCACGCGCAAAAAAAAAAAAAUUAAUCUCUUCUU